AUGGCUGGUAUAGGCAAAUCUUAUGUCAUUAAAGCUAUUCAUGAUCGUAUGUUUGAAAUAGUGCAACAGCAUCAAAUUAAUCCAUGUGAAGAACCUACUAUAUUAGUUCUUGCCCCAACUGGUGUUGCUGCAUUUAAUAUAAAUGGUAGCACUAUUUAUUCAGCAUUCUUAUUACUUAUGAAUCUUAAAAAUUUAGAACUUAAACCUAAAUCAUUAAAUAAGUUUCAACAAAAAUUUAAAAGUGUUAAAGUUAUUAUCUUUAAUAAAAAAAGUAUGAUUGGUUAUAAACUUCUUGCA